GGGAUAAUCAGUGUUUUUGUUGUUGUUAUUCAAGGUAUUUGCUCUGGUGUAGAAUCGUGUUUUCGGCCUGUCAAAACGCAUGAAUUUUCACUGAAUCAUCAAGAUUGCGGAGUAUCAGGCAUGCACAUAACUAAAAAGACAAGAAACACAAUGAAGCCGCCAUCUCAAAUCCAGUCUUCUUCUAUAUGUACCUUUUGUCCCCAGCUGUGCGAAGGUGUUUACACCAAUGCCCGAAUGCUUCAUUUUCUCACAGCUGUAGUGGGUUCAACCUGUGACGUGAAAGUCAAAAAUGGCUCUGCAUAUGAAGGAAUCUUCAAAACUCUAAGCUCGCGGUGUGAGCUGGCCGUGGAUGCAGUCCACAAGCGAAGUGAGGAGAGAGAGGGGGAUGGAGGAGGUGGAGAGGGAGGAGGUGGAAGCUCAAGUUCUACCCCCAGGAUUGAGGAGAUCACAGACACCAUGAUCUUCAGUCCUACCGACCUUGUUACCAUGACAUGUCGAGACGUGGAUCUCAAUUUUGCCAUCAGAGAUACGUUCACAGACACUGCCAUCAGCUCGACACGGCUUAAUGGGGAGCACAGGGAGAAGGUGCUGCAGAGAUGGGAUGGAGGAGACAGCAACGGAGAGUGCUACGACCUGGAGAAUGAUGCAUCUAAUGGCUGGGAUGCCAGCGAGAUGUUCAAAUUUAAUGAGGAGACGUACGGCGUGAAAUCCACCUAUGACUCCAGCCUCUCCAUGUACACGGUGCCCCUGGAGAAGGGGACCUCUGAAGGCUUUCGUCAACGGGAGGCCAGGGCAGCAAGGCUGGCCAACGAAAUCGAGGGCAGUUCCCAGUACCGCCGGCGGGUCUCACUGGAGAACGACGAGGGGAAGAGCGAGGAGGAGAAGUACAGCGCCGUGGUCCGAGAGAGGGAGGAGAGGGAAAGGGGCAGCCCUGGCUAUGGCAGCUCCGCCAGCAGGGAUGGCAAAUACAUUCCGUUGCCUCAGAGAGCCAGAGAAAUGGGUGUGUCUCCUGGCAGCUUGCGGGGUGGAGCCUCUGGUCCCUUACCAAACCGAACAGGAAUUCCCAACUCCUCCCGGCCGGUACCUCCCAGCUCUUCCCCCAGGUCCUCCUCUGAUAAAAGCAGCUUAUUGUCUGUCAGAGGAGCCUACUCUCCCCACCAUUCCCAGAGCAGCCCAACUGCAAGUGGCCCACCCAUUUCCAGUAAUCAGUCGCUGCCUCACUCCCUGUCUCACCCACAGGCUCUCUCUGAUGUAUCACGCUCAUCACUCAAUGGAGUGUUGUCAAGAACAUCGCCCAAAGCCCAGAGGCCUAUUCAGACCAACAGAACUCUCUGCACUGCGAACUCGCAGUCCUCACCUGUGGUGUCAUGCUCUCCAAAGCCAGAUUCCCCUCCCCAGGACCUUCCUCUCACUGCUCCCGACUACCUGGACACCACCCCGUCUUCCUUGGUUACUGGGGCACCUCCCAAACCCUCUGGCCCCACCCCCCACCUCCCUGUCGAUGUGAAUGAGAUUCUCAGUACAGCAGCUAAAGAAAGGCCAGAGGGCCUAGCCAGCCCACAGGAGGGCAAGAGCUGUAAAGUUCCCUCGGUUCAACAAAGGUCACAAUUGGAGGAGUUGCGGAAAUUUGGCAAGGAGUUCAGGCUGCAGCCUAGUUCUGCCCCCUCUACCAACCCAGAUGCUCCCCAGAUGAGCCCUGCUCAGACCUCAGCAGCAAACACCGCCUCCACAGCAGAACCCAAACCCACCUCUUCCCAAGAUCCCCAAAUGGCAGAAGGGCUGGCCACCAACCCCACCGCUGUUGCCAACCAGUCUGCAGGCCCAGACAGGCAAUCACCAGGGACACCCCAGCCAGCCAGGACCCCUGGCAGCGAGGACAGUGGCGAGAUAACCGAGGGUGUGACUGUUCAAGUGAAAAAGUCGACACUGAACCCCAACGCCAAAGAGUUCAAUCCCAUCAAAGGGCCCAUGGCCAUGCAGAAGCCCUCUACGGCCCCCACCCCCCCUCGGCCCAGCCCCUCAGUGGUGCUCCAGCCCCCCCCAGGACAAACGGCCAUCUAUAGCAGCCCCCCGUACCUGUCCUACGUCUCUCCAAUCCAGAUCCAGGGACACACUGUACAGGCUCCCCAGAUGUAUCAGUAUAUCAGCCAAGGGAAAUAUCCCAGAGCAAAAGGUCAUCUCUCCCUCUUUCCCCCAGGCUCCGUGGUGGGCCCCCGGCCUGAUCACCACGGCUCCCAAGCCCCCUCCAUGAUCCAGGCUGCAGCCUCGGCAGCAGGCCCUCCUCUAGUGGCCUCUCCAUACCCUCAGUCUUACCUGCAGUAUGGCCAAGUCAUCCAGGCCAUGCCCCAUUACCACGGACCGCCCAUGUACUCAAUGCUGCAGGGCGGAACGCGGAUACUGGCGUCCGGGGGCCCCCCCCAGGCUCUGGGCCCCCCAGGGCCCCAGUACGCAGGCCAGGCCGAAGGCCCCCAAGGGCCACAACAGGGCAUGUAUGCUCCUCAGUCGUUCUCCCACCACUCUGGCCAGUUGCAUCAUCCUCAGCCCUCGAGCACCCCCACGGGCAGCCAGCCCCCCCCCCAGCACACUGCCCCUAGCCCCGGUCAUGGACAGUCGAACCAAGGGGGUCAUCAGUCCCAGUCUAUGUACCACGCGGGGCCGCUGUCUGCGCCCACCCCCCCUAACAUGCCCCCUGGGCACAGCUCACCGCAGGCCUCCUUCCCCAUGCAGGGCUUCAGCCUUCCCAGCCACCAGUCCAUGCAGCAUGCCUAUUCCUCUCUAGCCCAUCUCACCCAGGCCCAUGUAGCUGCAGGCAUGUCCACCCAUCACUCUGCUGGACAUGGUCCACCCCCUGUGAUGCUGCAUUACGCGGCCCCACCCACUCAGCAGGGCCCUGGCUCCACCCCUCAGCACGGCCCGCCUCCACAGCCAGGGGCCCCCCAACACUACUACAUAGGACACCCCCAGGCUGUACAGGUGCAGGCUCACCCCAGCCAGCAGCUGUCCUUCCACCCCCCUGGAAACUGACCCCACACUCAGCUCCCCCUGGCAGAGACCAACUUAGGAAACUGGAGAUGGUGAAGGAGGGGGCAAUGUCCAGCACAUACAUCCUCUUCGCAUGAGUCUUUGUUGACGGCGUAGAAAGUAUUUGGUUGGAUAUGUGGCUCUUUUACAACUUCUCAUUCAACCAUUUUGUCAAUAUGCCAACUCAACUUUUAUUAGUAUUUUUUUUUGUUCCCUCAUUUGCACCAGUCAGUGAGGUCAGUGAAGGUGAACAAUCCAAAUCCAAUUGGAUAGGGAGAAAGCUUUUUAUUUAAAAACAUUUUUAUCAAGAAAGAUUUUUUGCUCAUUCAAAUUUAAGUAUUGAUAGAACGCCCCCCAGGAAAAGUUGCAACACACAUAGAUGCGAUGAAAUGGAACUUUCCUUGCUUUAAUAAAUGUGCUACAUGUAAUAUUUUCAUUUCUUUUAUGUAGUGAUUUUUUUUAUUUUACUUAGCAAAAUCUACAGUAAAUACAUGUUGAAGUAUCUUGUUUUCAUGAUUGUUAAUGAAUUAGCUUGUUGGAGAUAUGAAGAGAAAAAUGUAAAUAUUACAUGUAGGACCAUUGUUACUUUCUCUCUUUAACACAUAUCCUUAGCCCUCGCAUCCCCUCAUUUUCAGAGUCCAUUAAUAUAGUGGAAAAAUAAAGUUUUUAACUCAA